UCCAUUUAUACAUUAUCAUACUUAUUUAGACUUUUAAGAUGUCAAGCCCUAUCUUGUCUUUUUCAGUGUUUUUCAUAGUAAUCGUGGUGUUUUCACUAUCAGGUUCAGAGGCUUCAUCUGCUCCAAGUUAUGAACAGCUCGUAGAGAGGAUAAUUCAACUAGAGAAAAAGGUGGAUCAGAGUACCUUACUGGCAUCUCAGUAUGAACGUAACUCGAGACUUUCUCGGCAGCUCCAGAUUAUGGAAUCCCGAAUUUCUAGUCUGGUGGUACAACAGGAAAAUUCCAAUCGCAAGCAAGCCAAAUUGGAAGCUCGUAUUAUUGAGUUAGAAGAGCAAGCGUUAAAUCAUAAAAUGACCAUUGAACAGCAAAGAGCUGAAAUCGAUAAUUUAAAAGCUAGGCCUGAUAGAAAAUACAAUGAUGAGCCUGAAGAAGAAACAGUAGAAAAAUUGCCAGAAGGAAAACGGAUACAACAAAGCGAAAUACCAUGGCUGUCCUCGAGAGGUCGUAUAACGAAGAAAGGUGAAAGAAGAGGGAGAUCAUUCCCGGAGACACCAGUUGCGUUUACGGCUCUACUUGACCACAAUGUUGACCACUCGGGUAUUGAUCAAACAGUUAUAUUUAACAAUGUUCUUCUAAAUGACGGGAAUGCUUAUAAUUCUCAUACCGGUGUAUUUACUGCGCCACGUGAAGGACUGUACUUGUUCUAUUUCGCAUUUGGCGCUGGGUACGAGCCACACAAGCUAUGGAUGCAUAUAGUUGUAGACGGACAAGGAAAAGCUUCUGGCGUAGCGGACACAUGGCAACGGGGACAUGAUGCUCAGGGCACGAACCUUGUAUUGCUUCACUUACAGCAGGGGGAUUCCGUGUGGGUAGCAACCUAUAAAGUUGCAGAUAAAUCAAUCUAUGGUUUUCCAGGAGGUUUUACAACAUUUUCUGGUGUACUGCUGUACGAAUAUUAACAGUAAAUUAUUCAA